GAGGGGAAAAAGGGAAAAGCCGUGCUUAUCACUGGACAAACAGAAAAGAGAGAGAAUAGAAAACAACGCUGGACAAUUCGAACUGUCAUUUUGGAACAGCAAAAAGAGUCGGCGAAUGAUCAAAAAAAGAGUGAAGAGAAGAAUGGCAAGUGGCUAUUCGCACUAAUUUCUCAUGCAUUUUCCACAUUAUUUGUGCACUUUUUUUUUGAAAACUUUUUCUUUUUUUUUGUCAGAACAGUUUUUAUUCAAAAAACAACUUCCCGGUAACUACAUAUACUUUCCAAAUUUUUUUCCCGAUUAGUCUUGCACCCCUUUUGCUCUUCACAUAUUGAAUCUCGGUUGUCUCUGCUUUCAUAACUAUUUUAAUGUUUGAAUUUCAGAAAAAUAUUUUGUAAAACCACAAUCAGCAUAGCUGCCAAAGUAGGACAAUACUAUAAAUUUUUGGUUUUUUAAAAUUUUUUUUGAAAUUGUUACAAUUUUUCCAAUAUUUUAUGUUCCUAUAUGUUCCUAAAAAUCCCUCAAGAACUAAAAAUUAAAAUGUUUAUUUCUCUUGAAAAAAUUUGUUUUCUAUUCUCCGGUUUUCCCACUUUUCAGAAUAAUAGUGGAAUUUUUCAAAAAUUAUCAAUUUUUCAAAUUUUCGGUUUCGAAAAAAUUUUGGCUUCUAGAUUUUCCGAAAAAAUGCCAGUUUUCAUUUUCCAGUUGGUAAAACACUGUGAUUUUUAGGGUUUCCAAAAAAAUGUAAUUUUUUUUGUUGAUUUUUCGGUAAAUUUUUUUUAAAGAUUUCCCGAAAAAUUUCCAAUUCUUCUCGAAUUUUUUUUUCGAGAAAAAAACCUGAAAAUAGGCAAUUUUUUUCCAAAUAUUUUGAAAGAAAAUUAUGUAUUUUAUCUAUUUUUUCAUCAAUAUAAACAAAAUUUGAUAAGAAAUUUUAUUUUGUGAAUUUUCUAAUAUAUUUUUUUCCGAGUUUUCGAUCCUCCGAAACAUUGAAAAAGUGAAAAUUAUUGUUAUUCGAUUUUUUUUUGGAAAACAUGGAAAAAUCAAAAAAUGUUAAAGACAAAAGCACAUAGUAAUAACGUUUGUGGGAAAAUUUAUAUUUUCAUAUAUUCCCUUUAUCCUUUUCGUUUCCAAAUUGUCUUUGUUGUUUUUAUUGAACAAUUAAAUAUCUAUGUUUCAAACUGUUCUAUUUCAUUGUUUAUUCCAUGAGGAUUCAUGAUUUUCAAUUGAAACAAAAUCUUUCUCAAUAUUUUCAUCACAUCAACUUACACAUAUUCAUUUUCUCAUCUUGAAACUUUUUAUAUUUAAAAAAAUAUUUAAAAAUAUAGUAAAAUUCCAGAAUGGGUGUAUACGAUGACGUGUGUACAUUUGACUUUUCUCCAACUUCAACAGUUUCAACGUCUUCUUCUUCUUCUUCUUCAAGCUCAUCUGAAUUAGCUUCACCGGUCUACGAGAACGUAGAAGAACUAACAGGACUAUGUUCUCGAAGUUGGAAGAUGAUGGGAAAACGGAGUUCAAAACCUUCGAUGAGCGAUUUUUUGGCUCAAUUGCCACCUCCUCCACCUUCUUUUGAUGAAAAAAGUGAACGUUAUGGUGCAGGAUUUGGGAAAAGAGUGGUAGAAUCCUCCACCUCAACAGCUUCAUCAUCAGCAUCAUCCCGUCGUCCAAUAAUCUCUUCAAAUAAUCCACCCUCUUCGUCACCUGUUCCUCUUCAUGUCUCAUCAUCUACAAUCCCUCCUCCACCUCUUCCACCUCUUCCAACAACUCUUCAUUCAAAUUCUCAGAUUUCUCGUUGUUUCGACAUGCGUCCUCUGUCACUUCCCCAUAAAGAAAUGCAGAGAAUCGAACGAGAACAGUCACACAGAGUGCUGAUAAUAACACUGUUGAUAAUCACAAUAUUCAUUGUGAUGAUUGCACUGGGUAUCUACACAUUCUACGAUGUGAUUGUCGAGCACAUCAACAAUAUAUCCGGAACUUUCUGAACAACUAACACAACAAUUUGUACAAUUUUUGACUAAUCUGGUAUCUUUUUUUCCUUGCGGGUUUUAUUUUGUAUUUGUCUGAAAUUCUGAAAAUAAAGUCGAAUAACGAACU